GCGCCAUUUUGUCAACCAUUUCCUAGACGGGUCCGCUGCCAGUCGGUGAGUUUGCAAUUACAGGAGGAGGAGAACGGACCCAGCUGGACUCGCCUUCUCAGGGCUAGGAUUAGCAGACGAUAGUGUGCUCCUGUGAGGACGGUGCUCAGGUGGAUGAAAGCCUGUCUAGCGGGCCUGUCAGCUCGGAAAACACCGCUUGGUCUCCCCGGACAGGAGCGACAGGAGGCUUGGCUUUGCAGCAGCAGCCAUGGCUUUGAAGAUCGUUAAAGGGAGCAUCGAUCGGAUGUUCGAUAAAAACCUUCAGGACUUAGUACGUGGCAUUAGGAACCACAAGGAAGAUGAGGCCAAAUACAUCUCCACAUGCAUCGACGAGAUCAAGCAGGAACUCAAACAGGACAACAUUGCUGUCAAAGCCAAUGCAGUGUGCAAGCUCACCUACUUGCAGAUGCUUGGAUAUGAUGUUAGCUGGGCUGCAUUCAACAUCGUUGAGGUGAUGAGCUCUUCCAAAUUCACCUUCAAGCGAAUUGGUUACCUGGCUGCCUCCCAGUGCUUCCAUGAAGGCACUGAUGUCAUCAUGCUGACAACCAAUCAGAUUCGCAAGGACCUCAGCAGUCCAAAUCAGUAUGACACUGGUGUGGCUCUGACUGGCCUCUCCUGCUUUGUGACCCCUGACCUGGCCCGUGACCUGGCCAACGACAUUAUGACUUUGAUGUCUCACACUAAGCCAUACAUUAGGAAGAAGGCUGUGCUUAUCAUGUAUAAAGUGUUCCUGAAGUACCCCGAGUCCCUGCGCCCUGCCUUCCCUCGUCUCAAAGAGAAACUGGAGGACCCUGAUCCAGGUGUCCAGUCAGCAGCCGUUAAUGUUAUCUGUGAGUUGGCCAGAAGAAACCCCAAGAACUACUUGUCCUUGGCCCCCCUUUUCUUUAAGUUGAUGACCUCCUCUACCAACAACUGGGUUCUCAUCAAGAUCAUCAAACUGUUUGGUGCCCUCACCCCUCUGGAGCCUCGUCUAGGGAAGAAGCUGAUUGAGCCCUUAACUAACCUCAUCCACAGUACCUCAGCCAUGUCGCUGCUAUAUGAGUGUGUAAACACAGUGAUUGCAGUGUUGAUUUCUCUGUCCUCUGGGAUGCCCAACCACAGUGCUAGCAUUCAGCUCUGUGUGCAGAAACUGCGAAUCCUGAUCGAAGACUCGGACCAGAACUUGAAAUACUUGGGUCUGCUGGCUAUGUCCAAGAUCCUUAAGACGCACCCGAAGUCUGUGCAGUCGCACAAGGACCUGAUCCUGCAGUGUCUGGAUGACAAGGACGAGUCCAUCCGACUGAGGGCUCUGGAUCUUCUCUACGGCAUGGUCUCUAAGAAGAACCUGAUGGAGAUUGUAAAGAAGCUGAUGCUGCAUGUAGAUAAGGCUGAAGGCACCACGUAUAGGGAUGAGCUGCUAACCAAGAUAAUCGACAUUUGCAGCCAGAGCAAUUACCAAUACAUCACUAACUUUGAGUGGUACAUUAGCAUUCUGGUGGAGCUAACACGGCUUGAGGGCACUCGUCAUGGUCAUCUCAUUGCCUCUCAGAUGCUGGAUGUGGCCAUCCGUGUGAAGGCCAUCAGAGCGUUUGCUGUGGCUCAGAUGGCAAUGCUGUUGGAUAACGCACAUCUGCUGACAGGCAACACACAGCGUAAUGGCAUCUGCGAAGUCCUCUAUGCUUCUGCAUGGAUCUGCGGGGAAUUCUCUGAGCACCUGGAAGACCCCAUGCAGACACUGGAGGCCAUGUUACGGCCCAAAGUGGCAACUCUGCCAGGCCACAUCCAGGCUGUCUAUGUGCAGAAUGCUGCGAAGCUGUUUUCAACAUUGCUGCAGAAACAUGAGGGGACAGAAGACACCCAGGUUGCCCAGGAGGCUGGCCAACUGCUCAUAGAGAGACUCCCUGUGUUCGUCCAGAGUGCUAACCUGGAAGUGCAGGAGAGGGCAUCAUGCAUUCUACAGCUGGUGAAAUACAUUCAGAAGCUGCAGCAGAAGGAUGUGGAAGUAGCCGAGGAAGUAUCUGCACUUUUUGCAGGAGAGCUUAACCCUGUGGCUCCUAAAGCUCAGAAGAAAGUGCCUGUGCCUGAUGGACUGGACCUGGAUGCCUGGAUCAAUGAACCUCCAUCUGAGAGCGAGUCUGAGGAUGAGAAGCCCAAGGCUUUGUUUGCUAAAGAGGAGUCCAAGCACUCUCGACCUCGCCACACUGAAGUGGACGAGAAAGAACUGGCAAGGAGAAGGGAAGUCAGGAAGCAGGAACAAGCCAACAACCCCUUCUACAUUAAGUCCUCCCCAUCCACUCAGAAGGUGUAUCAGGACACACCAGGUGUAGAGCAUAUUCCUGUGGUACAGAUUGAUCUCAGUGUGCCACUAAAAGUCCCAGGGAUGCCCAUGUCUGACCAGUACCUGAAGCUGGAGGAGGAGCGUCGGCAGAAGGAGAAAGCAGACAAGAAGAAGAAAGAGAAAAAGAAGAAGAAAGAGAAGCGCGGGAAGGGGAAGAGAGCUGACUCGGGCCCUGAGAGUGAGGAAGAUAUCACACCUGCUCACCAUGUGGACAUAGUCACCGAGGAGAUGCCAGAGAAUGCCUUACCAAGUGAUGAUGAUGACAAAGACCCCAAUGAUCCACACAAAGCCCUGGACAUUGAUUUAGACAAGCCCCUGGCAGACAGUGAGAAGCUGCCGGUGAGGACACAUCGCCCUGAUGCUGUUAAGAGCCCUGGGACAGAUGAAGACCGAGAGAGUGUCCGACUGGAGCCUAAGAAGAGGAGCAGCAAGGAGAAGAAAGAGAAGAAGAAGGACAAGGAUAAGGAUAGGAAGAAGAGCAAAGAAGAAGAGAAGAAGAAAAAGAAGAAGAAACACAAAAAUGAUGUGGAGGAAGAGCCGGUAGAGCCUCACUCAGAAAAUCCAGAGCAAUCAGAAGAGACCAGCGUGGUGGCGGCCCCACCGACCUCCACAUCUACCGAGGCCUCCGAUUUGGAUUUCUGGCUCUCUAGUGCUGCUGUUCCCCCACCUGCCAAGUGUUUUCAGGAGGCAACGGUUCCACCAUCGGCCCCAGCUCCUGAGACGAGCGUAGCUGCAGCCCCAGAUUCUGAAUCGGACGAGCCCAAAGAUGAAGAACCCGAAGAGGUGAAAAUGUCUAAACAUAAGAAGAAAAAGCAGAAGAAAGAGAAGGAAAAGGAUGAAAAGGAGAAGAAGAAGAAAAAGCGCCAUCACCAUCACCACCACCACAGUGAGGGAGACGGGAGGGACUCGGUACAAAAUGGCACCGUGGAAGAGGAGGAGCCUCUACCGCCCAUGUCAAACUACUGUCUCCUGGCUGAAAACAUGUACAUUAAAAUGGUGUACGAUAUUCAGGGAAAUUUGCAAGAUGGCAGUCAGGUCAUGGUGUCUGUCAUUUUUGAGAACAAGAGCAACAGUUUCCUGAAGUCCAUGGAGUUCAACGUUCUGGACUCCCUCAACUCAAAACUGCAGCGGCCGGCUGGAGCUGGACCUCAUGAUGGGCUCGUCGUUCCUUUCCAGCUGCCACCAGGGGUGUCAAAUGAGGCCCGCUUCGUGUUCUCAGUGCAGAGCAUUGUCAUGCCUCAGAAACUGAAGGGAACCCUCACCUUCAUAGUAAAGUCAGAAGAUUCUUCAACCCAUGAGAAACUGGACUUCAAACUGCACUUUACCUGCACAUCAUACCUAAUCACAACUCCAUGCUACAGUGAUGCGUACGCCAAGCUGUUGGAGUCCGGGGACUUAAAGAGCAGCUCUCUGAAGCUGGAGGGAGUCAACAUGCCUUUCCACCACCUGUUGGCUAGAAUCUGCUUCCAUCACCAUUUCUCUGUUGUGGAGAGGAUCGACUCCUGUGCCUCCAUGUAUAGCAGGUCAAUCCAGGGUCACCAUGUCUGUUUGCUGGUCAAAACCGCUGACCAGACCGUCUCCAUUGACGCUAAAUGUGAUGAACCGUCACUGCUGGGGAAUGUGCUGGACGAGAUAAAGCAGACCUUCUCGCAAUGCUGAUUGUGUCUGAGAGACCAACAGUGCCCUUGACUUCCCUCUCCAUUGCCCUCUUGCUGAAUCUGACACUCAGAAUCAUAUCACAAACACUGAGGCUGGUUUCCCCUCGUCUCUGCCUACCUUAUAUUUAUUGGAACUCUUGAUUCGAUUUAUCUUUCUCUUUUAUUCCUCUCCCUUUUUUUUUUUCUUUCUUUCCCUAGUCUUCCUUGUAUGUCAGCCUCAGUCUGGUGUUCGAUCUCACUAAGCUUGCCACCCCAUUCUGCUCUCUCAUUGUCUUAAUAGUCUAACUCUCAGUUUAUUAACUGGAUUUAUUUGUUGUUUAAUGUUGGUUGAUAAGGUUUUUUUUUUUGUUUUUUUUUUUGUUUUUUUUUUUGUUUUUUUUGUAUUGUGUUGCAUUCUUUCAUUUCAGUGUUCUUUCUGCGUCUUUGUUUAAUCUUCGAAUUAAACUAAAGUUUAGUGUCUUCCUCUUUAGUCUCUGUUUGUGUGUGUGUGUGUGUGUGUGUGCGUUUUAUUCUUUUCUCUCUCUGUUAAUCCUUUUUCUGAAAGCAGAAACUUGAUUUUUUUUUUUAGUUUUAUGCCCGAAGCCCCGCCCACCUUUUCUUCUAGCUACCAACCUAAAUUUUAGUUCAGCACCAUCACUGUCCCACCCGAGUGACUGUAAUACACAAGGCUUGAAAGCAUGGUUCCAAAAGUGUAACCUAGUGUCCUUUUUGAUUGAAAAUAUGGUUAGUUCUAGGACCAUGUUUCAAUUCCAGUUCACUUGGACUUGUUACCAACAUAACUAAUGAUCCAGUGUGUGUGGGGAGUUUUUUUUUUUUUUAUUUUUAUUAUUUUUUUUUUAAAUAAUGGAUAACUGAUACAGAUGUCUAUUCUCCUGUCUGACAGAAUAAAUCAAACACAACACUGUUAUGCUUAUGUUAGAGUUUUCCACAUUAUUGUAAAGCAUGCAGCUUUACAAGUUUAUUACACACUAAAUGACACUGUGGAGGUUUGCAAUUAAUGAACAGUAUAACUGUCACAUGGGAGAAUUAUUUACUACAGUCAUUACUCCUGCUUGCUGCUUGCUUAAGAUCAUAACAAGAAACCAGAUAAAUGUCUCUCUUAGAAGGCUCCACAUACAUAAUGAAGGAUUUUGAACUCUAACAAUAAGUGACCAAACCAAAAGUAUCAGAUGAAAUAAUUUCUUCAGUCAGUAUUGUACUUAGUGGUUACUUGUAUCUCUCUCUCUCUCUCUCUCUCUCUCUCUCACUAUGGUAAGCUGCAUAUUAUUCUGAAAUAUGCCCUCCACCUCACCUCUGUCUGCAUCACUUUUACUUCCUGUAAACUGGACGAAGGCCAGACUUGUACCCGUGUUCUCCUGCUCCUUUGUUCACUUGGCAGUUGUGCUGAAUUGCAUCUUUUCCAAUAUUUUUCCCUCCCAUAUACCUUUUCCCAUUGUAUUGUACUGCCUAGUCAAGGAACUUGCUCAAAUGUAAUUCAUAGUUUUGUUAACCUGGUGCAGCACUCUGUAGCACACGAUUGUAACAUCCAGCUGAAACAGGAGGCUGCUCUUCCCAAAGCCCUAAAAUUAAGAUUUGUUGCACAGUUCUGUUUGAUUGAAGAGCUCUAUUUAGCAUUAAUGACUGACUAGCCAGUGGUUUAAGGCUAAAAGCUUCUAGGUUGAAGGCAAAUGCUGGCCAAUAAGAUACAGGCCGUGUUUAUAUAAAUGACCAACCAAUAAGGCAUGUCCCCGCCCCAAAGUGUGCAUAUUUCCAUAAUCAUGAGCAUGUGUACGUAACUUUGGGUGGCUACGUCUGGAUGGAAAGUGUAAUCUAUACGAACACAGGCUACAUACAUAGAAGCAACUGUAAUUCUUUAUUUUUCAAAUUAAACUUGCAUGAGUAGAAAUUGAUCAUUUUUGUUCUUUUUGUUUAAUGACAUGCAUACAAGCCAUCCCUAGCAUUCCUUUUUUUUGUUGCAGUUCCUAGUUUUCUUUUAUAUAUAAAUAUAUACAGUAUAUUAAGUGUAAGUUGGCUUCAUCAUACUACACUUCGGAUUGUACAACGUAUUUUUAUCUGUUAAGAGAACAUACAAUUUAGAAAAAAAAAUCUUGGAAUGGUUUUAAAUCUUAAGUUUUGUGUUAAAUUAUCUCUUAUUAGAAGGCCAGGUUUUGUUGAUGUUAAAGACAUUGAGGUAGGGUGUAACCAGCUCAUAAAAGCAGCUCACGUCCUGACACCACACCCCAUCCCCAACACCAUCUUCCCUGAUCAACUGUAGCGAAAAUCUUGCUGGAUUUUGCUUGCAUCACUCAAUGUACUCUCAGUGCUCUUCAUUUGAAGGUACUGCCUCCUUCAACUAUGUCUUUUCUGACUGUAUGAUGUAAUAUAAUGUUUCAAGAAUAAAUGAGAAUGACCAGUAAUUUGCUAUUUACAUUCCCUUUAACUGAGAGGUUUACCCAGCAGAGUUAUGAUAGACGUAGGCUGCUGUAGUUUUCUUUUGCUGUGUGACGGUGGUGUACCAAUAAAUUCCCACUUCUGAA